AUGAUCACUUCCAACUGUGGCAAAAAACCUCCUAGAUCGUCCUUAAAGUUGGCAUUUGAUCCAGUGGAUGAUACAUCUGAUGCUAUCGUCUCAUCUAAGAGUUUAAAUAGACGUGUUUCAUUCUCACAGUAUGUCUUUGUGUUGGGUGACGAGGAUGAUGAUUCGCAGAUGUGCGUCAGUCGUUUCAAUUCGAAUAUAACUGUGGAAGAUGAAUUUGUUAUAAACUCAAAUACUACUACUACUACUACUACUACUACUACUACUGCUAAUACUACUGAUAAUAAGAAUAAUAAUAAUUAUAACCGUGAUAAUAACGACAAUAAUAUUAGUAAUAACUUUAAUGAUGAUAUGGAAAGUGUCACAUCGAUUAAUAGUAGUGAUGUUUCAAUGGGAUUAUCACCUAAUCCUUGUUUACAACAAAUUAAUCCCAUUGAAUUGACCAAUGAACAACAAGAACAACAGAAUACAAAUAUGGAAAUCGAAAAUGAUGCUGAUGCUCAUGCUGAUGCUAGUACAUUAAAAUCAAUUACCAUUUGUAGUCCGGAUGAAGUCAUAUCUGUACAAAAUAAUCAAUUAAACAGUACACCUACACAUCAUCAUGAUAUUUCUGAUAUGGAGUUACAAAAUAGCCCAUGUCCAUUAGCAAUCAAUGAUGAUUUAUGUAAUAUGUCGAUUAUUUCCAAUCAUAAUAUUGAUGACGACGACAUCCAACUUCCUGUUCAAAAUGAUAAGAAAAUGGAUAAGAAUUCUCCUAGUAAACAUGAUACUCAAUUGUUCAAUCGUUCAACAUGUGAAAACACUGAGAAAACAUCUACACCAUCAUUUAAAUCACCGCAUCCUUUUGUACCAUAUACAAAUACAUUAUGCAUGACUACAGAUGAUGUCCCAAUGCAUCCAUCAUCAUUAUUAUCAUGUAAACGACCUGCAUCUGUUGUGAAAAUGCCUUUAAUCAAUUUGAAUUUUAAUAAUAAUAAUAAUUCUCAAUCAUUAAUCAAAAGAAAAUGUAAUAACAAUCAUCAUCACCAAUUAGAUGUUAUCAGUAAAACACCAAAAGUUACUGAAUCUGAAAGAAUUACAUUUGUCAGUUUAAUUAAUACACCAUUACGUCAAGCCAAUCUCAAUGGUGAUGAUGAUGAUGAUGGUGUUUUUCAUUGUACUUCUGUGAAAAAAAAGAAUAAAUGCCGAAAUUUUCGAGAUAUAAGUGAGUAUAAAACAGAACGGCUAUUAUCAAGUACUAAACGAUUACACAAUCAUUUGCAUAGUCAAUUAAUUGAUUGUCAGCUUGAAGCUGUUCUAGAUGAUAUUGAAUAUGAUCUCUCCACUCCAGCAAGUAUUGUGAAUUUUUUGCGUAAAAAUCGAUAUAUCGAUUUUUCUAAUUUGGAAAAUUUGGAUAAAACCACUCUGCUAACUAAUAUUGAACAACAAUAUGGAUUAGAUGAAUAUUUACAAUUACAAAAUCAAUUCGAUUUACAUCUGUAUGAUAAAUUUAUGAAACGACGUUUUGUCAUUGAAACAGAGAAUAUAGAUCGAUUUGAAUUUUGGAAACGUUUAUAUCGUGAACGAAUCAGUACUGUGUUAGUUUCACCACAAUUAAAAUCAGUUUUAAAGAAAAUAUCUGAAAUGGAACCAAUAGAGCAUUUGAAAUUUAUGGCUGGUGCACAUCAACUAUUACAUAAUUGUUCAAAAUUCGCUUUACAAGAAAUUUAUCCAAUUAUCGAUGAGAAUAUCGCUGCUCGUAAUUCAGAAUUAAAUUUGGAAAUAACUAAUUUAAAACAAUUAAAUACAUAUCUUGAAUUAUUGAUUAAUGAAAAACAAAAUGAAUUAAAAAAGAAACAACAAGAACAGAAACAGUGGGAAGAACUGGAAAAUUAUGCUAAAGAUGCACUUAAAAAACUUGAUCGAAUUCAACAAGGCAUUCAUCAAACUACACAACAUCAAUUACAACUACGUCACUCAAAUGAAAAAUUACUUCACCAUAAAAAUAAAUUACAAUUAAAAUUAAAACAAUUAUUAGAAAAAAAAUCUAAUCAAGAACAAGUGGACAAUUUAAGUAAUCUACUGAAUCGUUCCAUUGGUUGUACAGAAUUAUUUCCAAUACCAAUUGAUGAAGCAUUACGUAAUCAGCGUCAGCAUCAUAAUACAGAUGAUGAAAAGUGUCGAGUUGAAUCAAUACUGAACACUAGAAAAAUGAUUAAUUUAUUUUCUCCUUGUCGUAUUACAUGUACAUCAAUGGAUAGCGAAAAUCAUACCUAUGAAAUAUCAACAUUAUUUGGUUUAGUAAAUUUUUUAUUAACAUGUCAAGUAUGCCAAACAUUCAUGACUACUAGUGGUGUUGGUGGUGAUGAUGAUAUGCAUCGAAAGAGCCAGAGGAAGACGAAGAGGAAGAAGCAGAAGAAUGAUCAUGACAAAAUUGACGGCGUUGAUGUUGAUGUUGACGAAGAUGAUGAAGAUGAUGAUGUUGUUGUUAAUGUUGAUGAUGACGGUGAUUAUGAUAAGAACGACGAUGAAGAUGAUGACGAUGAUAUGCAGGUCACUAUUGAUCCGGAACAAUUGAAAGUGAUCAGUUUACAAGUGACUGCACCAACAGAGAGUAGGUUGUGUUUGUCUUUACUAUUAUUAUAUGAUGGCAUAACUGUAAAGUUUUCUACACGUAGUUAUCGAUUAAUGGUACGAUUUACUUUAAUGUCAUUGGAUUAUAUGGAUUCUAGUCAAGGUUCCGUUGAAUUCGAAGUGUUGAGAGGAAAUCUUAAUACUAUAAAACUGACAGAAUAUUUCAAUACUUGUAAACCAACAUGUGGACAUUUGUACAGUAUCGUAACAAAUCUUCAAUCAUAUUUAUCUUCAUCAUCAUCCUAAUCAUCAUCCAGUUCAAUGUCAUGUCCAUUGGCUUCCUUCCUAGCUAGCUAACUAGCUGAUUUAAUAAUUUCGUUUCUUCUUCUUAUCAUCCAAUAAUAUAUUUAUCUAUAUAUAUCCCUUGUUUAAAAUGUAAUAUAUAUACAACCAAUGAAUGAAUGAUUGAUUGAUUUAAUAUGUCUCUCUUUGUGUAUCUUCCUCUCUGUUAGUGGGACAAGAUAGAUGGAAUUAAAAAGCAUGACUAUGUUGCUGCGCGCUGAUUGGCUAAUUUCCUAUCCAAUCAGCGCGCAGCAACAUAGUCAUGCUUUGAAUUCCAUCUAUGUCCUCCUAAAACACUCACUCUCUCACUGACUCUCUGCUUUUUCGCUGUACAUAUAUUUACUUAUUUACUUAUGCAUUACUCCUUACUUGUUUUUUUGGGGGGUACCACCGCAGUACAGUGGGGGGGGGUGUUGAAUUAUUUAUUACUUAUUUUUUUCCCUUGGUGUAGUAGUCUCUUCUUCUUUGUCAAUCAAUUGUAUAUAUAUAUAUGUAUGUAUAUUUUUCUUUCUGAUGGUACUUGUGAAUAUAUUUCCUUUUAAAUUAGAAAAAAA